UAAUGGAGAAGCUGGUGGCAGACAAGUGGGAAUCUGAGGAGCAUCUUAACCACAAAAUAAUUGAUAUGGUCAACACGGACAAUCUCAGAAAUAAUCUCAUGGAGCUGGCCAAGUUUCCACACCUGGCCGGGACAGAGAGAGAUCACCAGCUGGCCCAUUUGAUACAUAAUCGAUUCAUGAAGGCUGGCUUUGACACCGCUGACCUUGUUUCUUAUGAUGUCCUCCUUUCCCGACCCAACCGUACCAACCCUAACCUGAUCACUCUUGAAGAUGAACAAGGCCAAGUCAUCUUCACCAGUGCCUACCAAGAGAAGUCAUUGCAGAAGGAUGAUAGCGACCCAGAGUUCAUUCAUGCCUUUAAUGCCUACACACCUGCAGGUGAUGUGCGUACAGAGGCGGGUCGUGGGGUGGUGUAUGUCAACUAUGCCAGGGUCGAGGACUUUGACAAACUGGAAGAGCUCAAUGUUAAUGUCUCUGGCUGCAUUGUCAUUGCUCGCUACGGCAAGAUCUUCAGAGGGAACAAGCUGGUCCAUGCCCAGGAACGAGGUGCCAAGGGCAUGAUCCUCUUCUCUGAUCCCAAUGAUGUUGCCCUGGAGGGAGUGGAGGCACAGGACGUGUACCCCAACAGUUGGUGGCUCCCGGGGUCAGGCAUGCAGAGAGGAACCACCUACAUGGGUGAUGGAGACCCACUCACUCCUGGAUGGCCCUCAACAGCUCAGGCCUACAGACUCAAGAUUGAAGAUGCUGACCUGCCCAAGAUUCCCUGCCAACCUAUUGGUUACGACGAUGCCCGUGUCAUACUAGAGAAGAUUGGUGGCACUCCAGCCCCCGGUGAUGACUGGAAGGGCGGCCUGACAGGUGUGGCCUACAACCUAGGACCUGAGCUGCAAGAUCGCUACUCCAACUACACACUGAGACUCAACACACACAAUGUGCUCCAGGUCCACCGUUCCUACAACGUUAUUGGCAUCAUCAAAGGGGAAGUUGAACCAGACCGCUAUGUAAUCGUUGGUAACCACCGUGAUGCCUGGGGUUAUGGUGCCUCUGACCCCUCUAGUGGCACUGCCCAGAUGCUGGAGACUGCCCGUGUCUUGGGCCAACUCAUCAGUAGCACAGGCUGGCGACCACGCCGGACUCUUGUUUUUUGUAGUUGGGGAGCGGAGGAGUACGGUCUUAUUGGCUCCACAGAGUGGGUGGAGGAACAUGUGGACAAGCUAAAGGAGCGGGCAGUGAUGUACCUGAACACUGACACCUGUGCCUCAGGACCAAUCAUUCAUGUACCUGGCAGCCCUCUACUUUGGGACCCUGUCACUGCAGUCAUGAAGAUGGUGCCUGGUGUUCGAGAUGGUGCCACGGUAUAUGAUGAGUGGAAAGCCUAUCAAAUUUCCCAGAAUGUGACUACACUUAAGAUGAAGACAUUGGGUUCAGGAAGCGACUAUGCCCCAUUUUCUUUCUACUGUGGCAUCCCGUGUGUGGACAUGUGGUUUAGGAGAGAUAAGAAUAAGAAUGAUAUCUCCAUAUACCCUUCCUACCACACGGGCUACGAGACCUUUUACAUGGUGGAUAAGAAUGUUGACCCAGGAUUCAGGAUCCACCAAGGAUGUGGUAGGAUAGCAUCCCUCCUGCUCAAGUACUUUGCAGACUCUCUCAUCAUUCCUUACAGCCUGCAGCACCUGCCAGAGGCCAUGAAGGAUGCCCUUGACACCUUUAAGAAAAGUGGCACACGAGACAAGAUUAUUAGAAUAUAUGAAAAAUACACUCUUCUGGAGGAGUCUUUAACAAACUUUACUGACGCUGCUGCCACCUUCGAAAGAGAGCUCGAGGAGAAGAGGACAAAGAACUUAGAUCCAGUCACCAUCCGAGCCAUCAAUGACCAGAUGAUGAAGCUGGAACGAGUGUUCAUUCUACCAGCAGGUCUGCCAGGUCGACCAGACAUCAGGCAUGCGGUUUUUGCCCCAAGCCAAUUCGACAACUAUGCCACAUCAGGCUUCCCUGGAAUUUCCGAUCUUCUGCACAACAUAGAAGAGCUGAACGAGACUGAACGUCUUAAGAAAGAGGAGGAGAUCAAGAGACAUAUCUCUGACCUUACUAUUAUGGUACAAAGAGCCGUCAGCCUCUUAAAGGACUUCCACAUGAUCUAAAAUCAUAUUUUAUUACCAUUUUGUUAUGGUUGUAAAGGGUAAUGAGAGAGUAACAGUAACAGUGUACUUCUCCGAAGUCCCCGAUCACAAAAACAAAAGACAAUCAAGCGUAAACAAAAUAACAUAAGAUUUCUCUCACAUUUAAAGGUCUUCCAUAAUCUGAAAAAAAAACUAUUUUCUAGUUAUAAUGUUUCUUGGAAGAUUUCUACAUGAUCUGAGAACACAUUUUUAUGCUAUUUUAUCUUUACUUUAAAUUUUUUUUUUUUUUUUUUUUUUUUUUUUAUGUACGUUCCUCUUCAAGGGGGGCUCCUUGGCACAGUGAAGAGGCUCUUGAUCUGAGGAAUUAGACCUGUUGGUCUCCUUCCUCAGACCGAACCUAAUUACCCCCCAAUCCCCCCCUUCCCUAUCCCAUCCUCCCCUUCUUCCUUUCCUCCUCCUCCUCACCACCCCUCCCUUUUGCCCUUCCUCUUUUUGGCCUUUGGGAUUUUUCCCACAGGCACACUAGUUCAUAGGUAGGGGGAAGGGUACCGGGGUCCAUCCCAUUCCGUUGAGGUUCUUGGCGGUGGCGUAGUUUGCCGUGGGAUCUGGAUCGCCUGGGGAUGUCCCGAUCCCUCUCCGGUAUGCUGGAGGGUGGCUUUGGGUGUCUUUCGGGCGACGGGUGUAUCUCUGGAAGCCACCUUUUGGAUUCCGGGGGUGGUGGCCGAAGGAGGUAUGCUUAGUGGCGGAUAUCCGGCCGCCCUCUCUUUUGUCCACCGAGGUAGCUCGGCAGAUGUGAGGUUGCUAUCUCGGAUUGCUGGUUUACUGGCAUGAAGGGUAGGGUAUGGCAUGGGUUCCAUGCUGCAUCUGCGCUACUUGCGGUGCUGAGCUCCUCUUGGGCGCGGAGGGAGAUUUCUGGCCCUUUCAUUCCUCCUAGGAACUAUCCCUCCCCAGUCCCCCCUUUUUUUAUUUUUUUUUAUUUUUAUUUUCUUUUCUUCUUUCUUUUUUUUUCCUAAAAACAAAAAGAAAGAAGUAACCUAACCAUGGAGUCCCAAAUCCAUGACCCUGCUACCCCCAGGCCCCUUAUUGUUACCGCACCCUGUUCUGGCCUCGUCUUGUCUUUUGGCCACUCCCAAGGCCCCUGUACCUCUUGCUGGUGCUGUUUCCUCGCCCGCUUCAGGUACCGAGGCUUCCACUGACUCCUUCAAUUUGUCUGACCUCCGCUCUCCUUUGACUAUGCUUCCGGCCUCUCCCUCUAUGGUGUGACGAUUUUCGAAUCGCCAGCCUGUCUCAUGUCAGAUCGACUCUGGUCCCACUCCUAAAUGCCAACGACAUUCUCCAGACGAUGUUACUUCAUUACCUUCCCAUUCUACUCGGAAAAGACCGACACGUCAUGCACUCCCUCUCCACACUCAGUUUCGGACCACACAAUGGACUAAAUUCUUUACUUUACGACUGACUUCUUCUACUGCCUAUCUUUCUGACCAUAGUACUGGCAAAGCGCUCCUAUGCCACGUUGGUAGAGAUAUUUCCUUUCAUGCUCUUAAGAGUGGUACACGCAUCGUCACAGUCCAGAAUUCUACCCAAGCUCAUGAUCUUUCUCUUCUUUCACAUAUCGAUAGACACUUAUGUUCUUCCCACCCGCGGGCGAAGACGAUACCCUUGCAAUGUGGCUCGUUUAACUUUUGACAGCUGUGAACUCCCAUCCUCUGUUUAUGUAGCAGGACAUCGGUUACAAGUUUGGAAGGCGAUCCCUACACCGCAACAGUGUAGGAAUUGCUGGCAAUUUGGCCACCCAGCAAAAUAUUGCAGAUCUAUAGCUGAAUGCCCAGUCUGUGGUGCCGAUGACCAUUCAUACUCUCGCCAGUUUCUCAUCUCCGCCUCCAAGGGAGGCUACCCCGUGUUUCUCAUUCUCGAGUUUCAAAACGUCCCUCCACUUCUGGGGUCCCAUCUUCUGCAGCCUCCUCUGCGGUUGCCAGUCCCAUAGUCACUCCUGUAUCUAAUUCUUUUGCUGUCCUGGGCUCAGACGUCCCUAUUUCAACUCCUCAGUCUGUCUUCACUUCUUCAUGUCCUCCCUCACAAACCCCGGUAUCGACAAGACCUCGUACGACACCUCCUCCCAAUCGUCCCUCUACUUCUCAGAGGCCCAAAAAAAUCUCCUUUAACCCCUCCUUCCCUUCAUCCACCUCCACAUUUUACCUUCCCAGUCUCUGUACCUAGGUCUUCCCCUUUCACUGGCUCUGUUACAAGUGUGCAGGUUCAUCCUCCUCGUACUGUGCCUUCCUCCCCUGUCCCCUCCCAAGUUUCUUCCUCUUCUGCCACCUCCCAGGUUUCUGCCUCUUCUGUCCCCUCCCACACUUCUCCAGUUCCCUCCACCCUUUCACCCCCCCUACCUUGGUACAGUCCAUUACAGCUCUGAUCUUUACUCAAACUCCUCCUCCUUCCAUCUCCAAUAUUGUCUCCCAUACGACGUCUCUGAACUCCGAAACACUUGAAGCAAUCUCUGAAUAUAUUGCAGAGACCAAACCAUCAAUGGACACUGAUCCACCCUCUGUUCCUUCUCUUUCCUCUUCUCCAUCUGCGCAACUCCUCUCUUCACAAUGCACCGUUCCUUCGCUACUUGAACGUUUUCCUUUGCCACCGCAUGUGGACUUUUCUAACCCCUCUAGUCCAUAGGUACCCUUACCUGCAGAUUUCAGGUAUCUUUAUCGUUGCCAAUCAUGGCCUAUUUACAGUGGAAUAUUCGCGGCCUCAGGGGUAAUCGGGGUGAGCUUCAGAUGUUGCUCUCCCAGUUUUUUCCUGUUGGUGUUUGCUUACAGGAACCAAAAUUACACUGCCGUUAUCUAUCCUAUCUCAGGCUAUAAUUUAUUGUAUUCUUCAGAUCCUUUUCCUGAUGGGACCUUUAAUGAAAGUGCCCUUCUUCUACGCACUGAUAUUCCGUACCAUCAGCUAUUUGUUCGUACUUCGCUGCAUUACACAGCAGCCCGUAUUCACUUGCAUAGGUGGUAUACACUCUGUUCUUUGUAUCUCUCUCCUUCUCUGGCAUUAUCUAUCCCAGAUAUUGCCUUUCUUGUUUCGUCAUUACCGCCACCACUUCUGUUACUUGGCGAUUUUAAUGCCCAUCAUUUCCUCUAGGGGGUCUCACUGUGAUUCCCGUGGCAUUCAGUUAGAGGCUUUUCUUGCUACCCACCCCCUCCAUGUUUUAAAUACAGGUACUCGCACCCAUUUUGAUCCUCGGACUCAUACUCUCUCUCUUGCAUCGAUCUCUCAGUCUGCUCUUCCUCUGCUGCAUUAGACUUCACCUGGUCUGUUCUCCCGGAUUUACAUGACAGCGAUCAUUUGCCAAUCAUUCUUACUUCCCCUUCAUAUUCACCACCUCUUCGUAACUCACGCUGGCAAUUUGAUCAGGCAAAUUGGAACCUUUACUCACAACUAACUGUUUUUAGUGAGGUUCCUUCUUCGUCCUCCACUGAUGAGCUUUUACACCUCUUCUCGUCCUCCGUUUUAACAGCAGCUUCUCAUUCUAUACCCCAAACUUCGGGCAGGCAUUCUCAGAAAUGCGUGCCUUGGUGGUCUCCUGCUUGUGCUUGUGCAGUACGUUUGAAAUGCACUGCGUGGGGCAGGUACCGGUACAAUAGAACCACAGAGAGACUUAUUGAUUUUAAGCAGAAGCGUGUGAUUGCUCGCUGUGUCAUCCGUGAUGCUAAAUGCACUUGCUGGCGAGAUUGUCUCCACCAUCACCUCUGCUUCUUCUAUGAGUGGUAAAUAUUCUCCUGACCCGGCUCCUGUUCUGCGGGUUGCCAGUGUUGAUAUAGCAAACCCACUAGAUGUUGCCAAUGAAACUGUCAAUCAUCUGGUCCGUAUUUCUCAGGGGCUCCAUCUAUGCCCCUUGUUUCUUUCCUCCAAGUCUGCCAGAGAGUUAGCACCCUUGGACUUUUCUUCUCUCAGAGAAGAACAGUAUAAUGUGCCUUUUACACUUCAGGAACUGGAGGCAACACUCUCAGCUUGCCGAUCAUCGGCAGCUGGGCCCGACGACAUUCAUAUUCGUAUGCUACAACAUUUACAUCAGUCAGCCCUUGCAGUCCUAUUAUGCCUUUUCAAUCUUAUUUGGUCACAGGGAGUUCUUCCACAGCUGUGGAAAUCUGCCAUUGUUCUCCCUUUCCGCAAACUGGGUACUACGGGACAUGAAGCCUCCCACUAUCGUCCCAUUGCUCUUACCAGUGCAGUUUGCAAAGUGAUGGAAUGCCUGGUAAAUAGACGUUUAGUGUGGUAUUUAAAGACACACAACAGUCUCUCCACUCGUCAAUAUGGCUUUCGUAAGGGCCGUUCUGCCAUAGACCCCUUACUACGCUUGGAUACGUAUGUUCGUAAUGCCUUUGCGAAUAACCACUCGGUUAUUGCCAUAUUUUUUGACCUUGAGAAGGCAUAUGACACAGCUUGGAGGUAUAAUAUUUUGGCCCAAGCCGACUCCUUAGGCCUUCGAGGCAAUCUACCAUCCUUCCUUAAGAACUUUUUAACCGACAGACAUUUCCAUGUUCGGGUUAAUAAUGUGCUCUCCCCGGACUUUAUCCAAGCUGAAGGUGUCCCCAGUGUUGUGUUCUGAGCACAACACUUUUUCUCCUUGCUAUAAAUGAUUUGGCCUUUAGUCUUCCAUCCAAUAUUUGGUCAUCACUCUAUGUUGAUGACUUCGCUAUUGCAUGUGCAGGCGCUGACUGUCACCUCAUUACAGUUUCUCUCCAACAUGUGGUCGACUGUGUUUCCAAUUGGGCCACCACACGUGGGUUUAAAUUUUCCAGUACCAAAACUCAUCAAAUUACUUUCACUAGACGCUCUGUCAUCGCCGAUCAUCCUUUGAACCUCUAUGGCUCCCGUAUCCCUGAACAUGAUACAGUCAGGUUUCUAGGCCUCCUCUUUGACCAUAAGUUAUCCUGGAAACCUCACAUUACGUCUCUGAAGGCAACUUGUCACAGCUGGCUGAACCUUCUUAAAACCCUUGCUCAUCUUUCAUGGGGAGCUGAUCGUCGAACUCUCCUUCGCCUACAUUCCGCCCUCAUUUUAUCGAAAUUUGAUUUUGGUGACCAGAUCCAUUCAGCGGCCUCUCCUGCUACUCUCUCUAGCCUUAACCCCAUUCAUCACCAAGGAUUAUGUUUAUGCCAUAGUGCUUUUUGCUCUUCCCCUGUUGAGAGCCUCUAUGCAAAGCGAACGUUCCAUCCUUAUCCGAUCGCCGUGAUGCCCAUUGCCUUCGCUACCAUGUACGCUCUCAUGAUCUCCGCAAUCCUUCCAUUUAUAGAAUGGUCACCGAUAUUAGUAGACAUUCUUUAUUUGUUCUCUACCCCUGUUUGCUCCGUCCCUUCUCCCUUCGCCUACAUUCGCUCUUGUCUUCUCUUCAAUUACCACCUCUCUAUGUUCAUGUAGCAUCUCACUUUUCCCUACCCCCCCCUGGGAAGUUCCAGCUGUUCGAGUCUGUUCUUUCUCACUCCCUUGCUUGAAAGCCCAACUGUCUACGGUAGCUUCCCACUCUCUUUUUCUUGACCACUUCCACUCUCAUUCUCAUGCCAUUGCAGUGUACACAGAUGGCUCUAAGUCUUCUGACGGCGUAGGAUUCGCAGCAGUGUUUCCGGACAGCAUCGUACGAGGGCAUUUACUAUCUUCGGCUAGUAUCUUUACUGCUGAAUUGUAUGCCAUUCUUGCAGCACUUAUCCGUAUUGCAUCUAUGCCUAUGUCAUCAUUUGUGGUUGUCUCAGAUGCCCUUAGUGCUUUACAGGCUAUACAGAAAUUUGAUACACCUCACUCCUUAGUCCUCCGUAUCCAACUUUGGCUACGCCGCAUCUCUUCCAAGCAUAUUGUUUUUUGUUGGGUCCCUGGUCAUGUUGACGUACAGGGCAAUGAACAGGCAGAAACUGCUGCGCGGUCAGUAGUACAUGACCUACCAGUUUCAUAUAGAGGUGUUCCAUUUAUGGACUAUUUUGCUGCAAUAGCUACCCACCUUCACACCCGUUGGCAACAACGUUGGUCUACCCUACUCGGUAACAAACUUCAAUCUAUUAAACCGAGUAUAGGUUACUGGCCGUCUUCUUGUCACCAGUGCCGAGGUUGGGAGACUACUCUCUCCGUCUUCGCAUUGGCCAUACUCGUCUUACUCAUGGUUAUCUCAUGGAGAGGCGCCCUUCUCCUCUCUGUGAGAAUUGUCAAAUUCCAUUAUCGGUCAGCCACAUUCUGUUAGACUGCCCACUUUAUCAACGAGCACGCAGAAUAUACCUCCAACGUCGUCUUCACUCCGCUGCUCUCACUUUACCUUCCCUUCUCGCUGAUGGACCCACCUUUCAUCCGGACUCUCUCAUUGACUUUUUGACAACAACUGACUUACUUCACAAACUCUGAUGAUACCUUCAGCCCUUUCUACCUUGAUCUCUUGCUGCCCUCUACCCCCACACUAUCCCCUGCCCCGCUGUUUUCUGUAACCUACUGAUCAUCCCUCCCCCCUUCUACCGCCCAAUACCCUCGCUUCCUUCCCUACCCUGCAGCGCUGUAUAGCACUUGUGGCUUAGCGCUUCUUUUUGAUUAUUAUAAUAAUCAGACUCCCUUAGUGCUUUACAGGCUAUACAGAAAUUUGAUACACCUCACCCCUUAGUCCUCCGUAUCCAACUUUGGCUACGCCACAUCUCUACCAAGCAUAAAGAUAUUGUUUUUUGUUGGGUCCCUGGUCAUGUUAACGUACAGGGCAAUGAACAGGCAGACACUGCUGCGCAGUCAGCAGUACAUGACCUACCAGUUUCAUAUAGAGAUGUUCCAUUUAUGGACUAUUUUGCUGCAAUAGCUACCCACCUUCACACCCGUUGGCAACAACGUUGGUCUACCCUACUCGGUAACAAACUUCAAUCUAUUAAACCGAGUAUAGGUUACUGGCCGUCUUCUUGUCACCAGUGCCGAGGUUGGGAGACUACUCUUUCCCGUCUCCGCAUUGGCCAUACUCGUCUUACCCAUGGAUAUCUCAUGGAGAGGCACCCUGCUCCUCUCUGUGAGAAUUGUCAAGUUCCAUUAUCGGUCAGCCACAUUCUGUUAGACUGCCCACUUUAUCAACAAGCACGCAGAAUUUACCUCUGUCGUCAUCUUCACUCCGCUGCUCUCUCUUUACCUUCCCUUCUCGCUGAUGGACCCACCUUUCAUCCGGACUCUCUCAUUGACUUUUUGACAACAACUGACUUACUUCACAAACUCUGAUGAUACCUUCAGCCCUUUCUACCUCAAUCUCUUGCUACCCUCUACCUUGCAUUAUCCCCUGCCCCGCUGUUUUCUGUAACCUACUGAUCCCCCCCCCUUCUGCCGCCCAAUACCCUCGUUUCCUUUCCUACCCUGCAGCGCUGUAUAGCCCUUGUGGCUUAGUGCUUCUUUUUUAUUAUAAUAAUAAUAAUAAUUGAUGUAUGUUACCCUAUAAUGUCCUUGCUUGAAACGGGUUAAUGUUUGAAGAAACUUUCCAUAAUCAGUAAAAUAUGAUGUCUGGCUGUGCAGUUUUCUCCUCUUCUUUGAUCUUCAGCCUUUUUUUUUCUGAAAGGCAUUUAAUCUCAUCAUAUACAGUUAUCUUUUUAAAAGACACUGGACUUAAGAAAGGUUGUCUAUGGACUAUUCAUACUGUCCUGGUUGUUAAGGCUUAUCUGUUUUACACCCCAAUUGUUGGUUCACAUAGGCACCUCAGGGUCUCUUCUUAGGCUAAGAAUUUUCCUGCCAACUGACAUCUUAUGAUAGUCUCUAUUUCACUCUCCUAGCACCUGGGAUACCCUCUCUUAACAGUUUAGAUUUUUGUUUCAGCAACCAUUAAUCUUUGCAACACCAACAGACCUUAAACUUCUUGUCCCAGUAACUGUCCAUUUCUCUAAGGGUGGGUUUCCCGCAUCUUGACUGCCUUACCUAACUUCUGACAUUGGUGUACCAUGAAACUGUUUUCUUUGAAUUCUAACUGCCCAUGAUUCAAAACAGUUUUCCCAAGCACUGUUAAUAUUCAUGUGCUGAUAGUUAAUAAUGGCAGAAUUAAAUUGUAUAGUAUUUUGUCAAAUAGCAUAUGUAUAGUGUUUAUAUUAGAAAGAUGUACAAUAUAUUUUUUAAUGUUACUUGUUUUAAUAAUUGUUAUUUUUUAUAAUACAUGUAUUCUCUAUACAAUAUUCAUUUUUCUUCAGUGCUCAGUCAUUUAGGAGCAAUUUUUUCUGAAAAAAAAAAAAAAAAAAAAUUAGGGUGAUUGUAGUCAACAGACCUUAAAUCUACAGUAAUUAAAUUCUAAUCCUCAUACAGUGGUACCUCGGGAUCUGACCCUAAUUUGUUCCAGAAGGCUGUUCGAGUACCAAACAAAUUUGUUCCGAUAAGGAAUCAUGUAAAGUAGAUUAAUCCGUUUCAGACCCCCAAAAAUACACUUACAAAAGCACUUACAAAAAUACAUAAUUGUUCAAGUUCGUAUCCUGAGGUGCCACUGUACGUACUCUGUUUCAAAAAGAUAUACAUGUAUAGCAUAAAAAUUUAGUGUAGAAUAUUGUUUAUGUUGUUUUCAUAAUGGUAUUGAGAUUCUUUUAUUGGCAAAAAUACUCCUUUCUGAGAAUAUAGUAUAACCUAUAAAAAAAUACAAGAAUAAAUUAGUAUGUAUUGGUGUUUUGCCUUGAGAGACUGUUUUGAUUUUAAGAAUCCCCAAAUUAUUCACAUAUAAUUCUUUCAUCUGGCAUUUAAUUUGUAAAUUUUUUAUGCAUAUUUAUAAAAAAAUAAGAACUGCAUUGUUAUUGAAUAACAAAGUGUGUGUUAAACUUCUAUGGGUGACACAGUAGUGUGUUGGGAAGGAAAGGACGGGGUGCACUUUUAAAAGGUUAGAAGAGUGGCGAGUUUAUUUGUAUGCAAGUCAUAGUUGGUGCAGUAGGUUAACUGGUGUCUACAGUGCUUUCAUAGUUUUGAGAUAGGAAUUUUAUUGCAAUUAUUCAACUACUGUAUUCAUCUGAUACUGUAUAUGUUAAUAGCUGGAAAUAAUUGCCAUAUAAUUUUUUUUAAAACAAUGGCCGUCUCUCGCCAAGGCAGGGUGAUCCAAAAAAGGAGAAACGAAAGCUUUUCUUCUUUUUACAUUUAGUAAUUUAUGCAGAAAGGGUUAUUAGCCCCUUACUCCUGGCAUUUUAGUCACCUUUUAUGACAUGCAUGGCUUAUGGAGGAAGAAUUCUUCUCCACUUCUCCUUGGAGUGCCAUAGGAAAUAAAUUUUAUCAUUUAUACUUGGUAUAUAGCGAGAAACUCGACUAUAAUUACCUUUGACAAUCGGGUCAAGCAUCAAGCUAAGGAUUAUUAACUGCUAAGGAAAUUAAUUGCUAGUUUCUCCAGAGGGUGAAUCCUGACAUGUUUUAAAAUGCUUAUCAGUAAAAAUUACUGGCUUGUUUUAAUACAUUGCACAGUACAGUAGUAUUUUUUUUUAUUUGUAUAUAUAUAGUCACUGCAAUUCAUCCUUCAUUAGUUUGUACAUAGGUCAUUACAUGCAGUACUAACAUCAAGUACAGUGGUGCCUUGGAAUACGAACAGCUCAAAACUCACAAAAGCACUUACAUAAUUGUUUAAGUGUAUUUUUGGGGGUCUGAAACGGAUUAAUCUAAUUUACAUUAUUCCUUAUGGGAACAAAUUCAUUCGGUAUCGGCAUUCAAACAGCCUUCUGGAACAAAAUAAAUUCAUAUCCUGAGGUACCACUGUACAUACACUGUAAAUCUUCAAAAGAGGGAGUAAAGUUAACUACUGUAUUUUCCGGCAAAUAAGGCGCAGUUUUCCCCAAUAAAUGUAUUGAAAAUCACUCUGCACCUUAUAUGCUCAAGAUCAGGGUCAAGAGUAGGCAUUGGGUUAUGCUUUAGCAGUUGUUUACUUAAGUUACAUUACAAAUGCCUGGAAACAUUGUGCCAGCAAGCAGCUGACACUCAUAUGCUGGAAAACAUGGAAUAUAUGCAUUGAUAUAUAACCCACAUGACAGUGAUUAUGUGUGAAUCAUGGUGAAAGUGUUUCUUCCUGUUUCAAGUCACCCAGCCUCAGUGGGAGACAGCCAGCGUGUUAAAAAAAAAAUAAUGUAUAAUAUAUGUAUAACCUUUUACUGGCUUUCCAGUGUGGGCUUUAUUUCAUUAAUGUACUUAAAGACUUUAUAUGUUAUUGACUGAAUAUGUAAUGUACUUAAAAACCUCAAAAUUGCAGGGGUUAUACAAUUUUUCUUUAGUUGGCAUUUGAGGCCAUACAUCUAUAAAUAUUGCUCUACUCAGGUUAAGAAGGAAUGUUGACAUACAUAAGAAAGAAUAUUGAUGUUCAUGAGAAAGAAUGUCCUGGGGAAUCCAAUGGACACAUUUUGAACAAAAUAUGAUGAGUUUUCAAUAUAAGGCUCAUGUGCCAAGCUCAAAAAUACUGGCAACAGAAAACAUGGGCAAUGCAACAACAUGACUAACACGAAACCUACAAGCAACACAAUAGCAUGUGCCAAGCUCAAAAACAUUGCCAACCCAAAAUAUCUGGAUCCAUAAAAACUUGGAUAACUGAAUCCCAUGAAUUUUGGGUUCAACUUGUACUAGAUUUACACUACUGUUCUGUAUAUAAAAUACAAUACAGUUUAACCUUGAUUUAUGGACUAAAGGUGGAGUGUGUGUCCUGUAAUGCUGACUGUCCCUUAAAUUCAAAUGGUAAGACUGUUCGUCCAUGAUCAAAACAAUGAAGAACAAUUCUGGAAACAAGAGCAGUUAAUUUACUCAGCAGACCAUAAUACUAAACAGUUAACAAAAAUGGACAAUUAUGGAGUUAUAUUUUUGAACUUGUCAAGACAAUGGAUUUUGUCUGCUAAAUCUGAAGAUCAUUAAAUUGAAGUCCAUAGCACAGAGGUUGUACUUUGUUUAUAAAAAAAUAAAAUGUAUUAAUAUUUAACUUUUAUGUACAUAAUACAUACAGUAUAUGUUCUCAUCACCAAUAAAAUAAAAGCAAGAUUUUUAUUAUUGGUUCUUUUAGGCCAGAAUUAUACUUACAUAGCAGGUUAGGUUCUGGGCUACUGCUGUAAAGUGAAACAUGGCCUUUUUUCACUUUUAAAGACAUAAAAACCUGAUCACAUGUUUACACUAUCAUACAUUAAGUAAGCAACAGAGCUAGGCUUAAAAAAUACACAUACAGUACACACAUUACUUGCCUUAAUAUAUUUGUCCUUAGCUUAUAGUGAGUGGUGAAUAUAUUUAUUGUAGGAAGUCUGAAUAAAUGAAGAAUGGGUAUAAAUGAAACCCACUGUAUUAGUGAAACACUGUAAAUCAAGGCCCUCCUCUAUUAUAUUCAUGUAAAGAUCUAAACCUGUAUGGAGCCAUUUGCUUUACACCUGUCCAUCUCUGCUCAUUGUGCUACAUACUAUAUUAAUUAAAAUGGUUCAAAUGUAUAUACAAGUAAUAGUAAUAUAAAAAUUAUUUAUAAUUAUAUGACUUGGUCAUUUUAAGUGUGUACACAGAAUAUUGUAUAUUGAAUUCACAUACUGUACAUGUAAUUUAUAUACAGUAGUAUUGUGCAGGUAUAUUGGUAAAUGUGUUUGAAUUUCUAUGGAGUAGAUUUAAGAAUGCAGUGGUAGAAUGCACAGCAUUAGACUGUGGUUACAGGAUGAUGGGAAUAAGAGUGAUUAGUGUAAUGAUGAGAUAAAGAGGGUGGCAGAGAGUAAAAAAAAAAGCAUGACAUAUAUAUUUAUAGUUUAAAAAAAAUGUAGAGAAGGCAGAGUAUAUGGGGAGAAAGAGGUUAAACAAAUGGUGAGGGAGUGCAAGAGAGAAGAGGAAAGGUGAUAUCAGCAAAUUUUACUGAGAAUAAUAAAGGGUUUUUGAGAGAGAUUAAUAAAAAAAGCCUGGGGAACAAAUGGACUUGGUAAUUAAAACUUGGAUGCCUGAUUAGUUACCUGUGACAGUGAAACCUACACUAAUUGCCAUAACUGCUACAAUCCCAUAACAAGACACAUAGGCAACAGUUAGGCAACUUUAUUCCGAAACAUUUCGCCUACACAGUAGGCUUCUUCAGUCGAUUACAGAAAGUAGGCAGGAACAGUAGAGAUGUGAAGACGAUGUAAUCAGUCCAUCACCCUACUGUUCCUGCCUACUUUCUGUAAUCGACUGAAGAAGCCUACUGUGUAGGUGAAACGUUUCGGAAUAAAGUUGCCUAACUGUUGCCUGUGUGUCUUACCUACCAACCUGUCAGUAUUGUAUACCAUUUUGAUGUUCAAUCCCAUAACAAUCCAAAAACUCCAGGGUUUCCAAAUUUAGCAAACUUAUUACCCAUACUAGAAUCAAAUGUCACAUGAUGUCCACCUGCAACCUGCCUCACCUUGUUAUGCACAACCUGUCUUGGACCCAUAUGUAAGACUUCCCCAUCCCCCUCCCCCUUUUUUUUUGGGGGGGGGUUUACUCUGUAUUACGACUGAAGCCACUCAUGGUGAAUCAUUUCCUUUAAUAAAUAUCUUGAACUGU